UGGUUGCAACGCGGCCUUAAGUGCUGAUAAUACAGAGGUACUAAUAUAGUGUCUAGUCUGAAGGCGAGCGUUCGAAGCAAAGCACAAUGUGUCACGAAAUAAGAGAAGAAGAGUUAGCUGAGUUCAAGGAAGCGUUUGGACUCUUUGACAAAGAUGGCGACGGUCGGAUUACGUCAGCGGAACUGGGGACGGUCAUGCGCAGUCUUGGUCAGAACCCCACUGAUGACGACCUCAGAGACAUGGUCAACGAAGUGGAUGCUGAUGGAAACGGUACAAUUGACUUCGAUGAAUUCAUCAAGAUGAUGAGUAAAUCGAAACAGUCUAGCAAGGAGGAAUUGUUGCAAGCUUUCCGGCUGUUUGACAAGGACGGGAACGGCUUCAUUAGCGCUGAGGAGCUCCGGAACGUGAUGGCCAGCCUGGGGGAAAAGUUAACAGACGAAGAGAUCAAACAGAUGAUCCAGGAGGCCGACGUGGACGGUGACGGGCAGGUGAAUUAUGAAGAAUUCGUCCGGAUGAUGGACAAUCCAGGCCAUAAGUGAUUCCGGCAAAGAAAGUCUCGCGCGAACAGAAACUCUCGCACGGGCAUAUCACUGUUCUAUGCAUGACGUUAUGAUUGAUUAGCACCUUGAGGAAGGAGAUCUCGCUCGAACGAGAUCAUAAGCUUGGGCCUUACUUUACUCAGUGAAGUACUGCAUCUCGUUCGAACGAGAACAGGAGGUUGUGUCUAUGGCAACCAGUGGUAAUCAUUGCUGUCCACAUUUUUCAAUUUGAGGAGAUUAUAGCAUCUGCGUGUUUGAUAUAAUAAAAAUGCUAAAUCGC